AUGAGCUCCUUUACAUCUUCAAAGAGGCAGGGAGGACCACAUAGCUGCCAAGUCCGGCUGGGGCGGGCCAAGGCGAUGUUUGAAGAAGUCACCUUGGAGACCGACUGCGGAGUCCCGGGGGAGUGCAGGGCGCGGCAGCGGGCAGAGGGAGACCUGGGGAGCGAGGCCCAGGCUGCUCACUGUGCCAGCAGAGGACGAUCCCAAGAUCCUAGUGGCCCAGAGUCCAGGGGUGCACACUACCCCGGUCAACUAGAGAUUGUGGCCUGCAGAGCAGCUUUGGAAGCAGCUAAGGUGGCCGAGAGUGUGAUGAUGUCAGCCACUGCUAAAGACAGAGCCACUCGCUCACCAAAGAAAAAAGAGAGUCUGUCCUCUCUAGGUAGUCAUGAGUUCCGACGGAAGGAAAUUCACGGACGCACCAAAGACUCUAUGAGUACUGUAUCUUACAUGGAUGAACCAAGCCAGCGUGAUGAGGUCUCUCGCCUUACAGUUCAGAUGGAAAACACCUACCAGUUAGGUCCUACCAGACAAUUUCCUGUGGUUACUGUCAAUCAUAUUUUGAAAGAUGUUCUAACUAACUAUCUUCAGGAAGAAACAUAUGAACCAGAGCUCUGCAGACAGAUGACUAAAACAAUUUCUGAGGUGAUUAAAGCCCGAGUCAAGGAAUUAAUGAUUCCACGGUAUAAACUAAUUGUGACUAUUCACAUUGGACAACUGAAGGGUCAGAGUGUACUUAUUGGAAGCAGAUGUCUCUGGGAUCCCACAAGCGAUACUGUUUCAUCCUACGUUUUCAGAAAUUCUUCUCUCUUUGCUCUUGCAAAUGUCUUUGCAAUUUAUCACGAGUGA